UCUAUCUUAUCGUCCGCAAAUCCGUGAUUCAAUAAUCUCAACCAUGCGUGCGGUCCCAGACAACGCGCCGUGUUUUGUAUCUAGCGACAUCGGAUUACCAGCGGCGCGGUCGUGCACGAUAUCGGCACUUUAUCGAGUAGCCCAUGGUAUUAAUAGACGUUUCACGUAGGGAAAGUAUUGUGGGAUAAAAAAUCGCGGGGAAAAAAAUGUCUAAAUUUGAAGUUGAUCUUGAGGAAAAAUUGCAAGUAUGCCCGUACCGCGUUAGCUCACAGUCGUCGGUGGUGGACGAUGCGGAAGAGUUUGAGGUGCUGGAAGAUCCAUGCAGCCAGCUGGACAGUACCGAGGGUGAUAAUGAGCCGGACACUAUCUUCCAAUGGUAUCGGUUGCAAUCUUUCACCUUUGGUGCAACGACUUUUCGGCUCGUUGAAGAUCUGCUGACAGCGGUGGAACGUAAUCCUUCGGAAAGUGUGGAGCUGGACUUUAACCGCUGUGGAUACACAAAUCUACAUGUUCAAAUCGCGCUGGAUGGAUUGCUCCGGACACGCCCAGAGUGUCUGACUCGGCUGGAUUUGAGCCGCAAUCGGUUGAUUAAUCCUGCGCUAUCGCGAAUGUUGGCUAAUGUGGUGGAAGAACUCCAAACUAUUUCGCAACUAUCACUUUCCUACAAUUCGAUCGGCGACGAGUGCAUGGAGAUCUUGAGCAAAGCGGUGUCCAACUCGGGAGUGCGCUUGUUGGAAGUGGCACACUGUCAAGUUACCGAUCGAGGUGGAUCCAUGCUUUUCAGUGCACUCGCCUACAGCGACUGUAUCGAGAUGAUCGACACGAGCUGGAACCAUCUGCACAUUGCAAGUGGCCAAGCAAUCGGACGGUUUCUGUCCACCCAGAAAACCAUUCAAGAACUAAAUUUGACGGGCAAUCAGCUGUACAACGAACCCCAAUGCAUUGUCCCACUUUUGAUGGGCACCGUGGGCAACGAAAGCCUUCAACAGCUCGACCUUUCCUGGAACGGCUUGCGUGGGGAAGAGCUCGGUCGCGCCCUUUUAAAAGCUAUUCCACAAUCCAACCUGAAACGGCUCAAGCUAGAACAUAAUCUCCUAACAGCCCUGGAGAUGUCGUUCAUCGUGCGGAUGAUGAAGAAAUGUGAGCAACUCGAACAACUGUGGCUCGGUAGCAACAUGUUCGAGGACACCGUCAUGAUCGAUCUGGUGCGAACCUUUGUCCGCAAUCCGUCGCUGCAGUUGCUUUCCCUUGGAUCGUUUCAAUUCAUCCCACAAGCGGCGAAUAAACUCUGCCGUCUGUGCAAGCGUAAAUAUCCUUCGAAAACCAUCAUCUACCAAGGGGUGAUCAGAGCGAAUCCGGCCCGUCCGGUCGAUGUGCAGGACAUGCUGCUGGACCGCUGCCGGUUCUUGGCGCAGAAACCGAAGAAGGCUAAACAGAAGCGUGACUUUGGCCACUUGAUGUUGCAGCUAGCGGCCGCAGAAGAAACCGUGCUUGUGCGUGAAGAAUUCGAGCAAGUGGUCAAACGAUUCCGCGCCAAGCUUGAUCGACCCCUGCUCGAAGCGUUGAUGGAUGCGUUCGAAGUACCGAAGAAGCUGGUGGACACCGGGGCAAUGGCACUGAAGUACCUCACCAAACACCCGACCGAUCCACCGAUCGUGAAGCAAGCUAGGAAGGGAAAGGCAAAGCAAUAAACACCAGCACGAAGGGACGAAGAAGGUUUGAUUUGAAUUUUCUCCAUUUCGUAAUACAUUUAUUGCGUUCUGUUUUCUGCUGUUUCCUUCUGCACCUUGCCUGUUACCUUGCCUGUGGAUGAUGAUGAACCGAUGAACGAUGUCUGAUGAAAAUCGAUGAACAAAUGAUGAGAUGUAAUAACGGGUUCUGGCACGCCGCCGGGAGCGUUGCGAGCGCCUUAACUUUAAGUACUAUGUACUACCGUAUGACGUGUAUGACGUGCAUGACGACGAGUGCACGGACGGUACUGUCACGCAAAACCAUACCUCGUGCAUACCUGCUGUGUGGAAUGUAGUUGUGCCGUUCCUUGCUCUACACUGGAUUGUCCUUCUUGUUUGUUGAAUCCUUACACUUAAGCCGGAUGUGUCCUCCAUUUUUCCUCUUAAAACUGUGCUUUUUGCUUUUCGUUUUUUUACAUUAUUUACACAAUCACACACACACACACACACGCAGCAAAGAGGAAGACUCAUGAAUCUUUCCUUGCCGUCUACUUGUCGCCUAACUGUCUACUUUCGCGUCGGCUGGCUUCUAUUUGUCUAUAUGUAUAUACGAUACGUUUAAAUAUUAUUGAGUACAUUCUUUCGUUGUUGUGAGUUAAUGAUUCGUUUAAAUUUGUAAUAAUGUACAUGCUCAGUUUGUGACGCUGCGAAACAAGCAGCGUUGGCAGCGCGUCACCCUGCCAUUUCUAGCUAAUCCUACCGCUAUAUGCUUAAUUGUACACUCACAACACACAACGCUAAACAAGGAACUAUUUAUUCCGCCUAAACUCUAGCCCUAACUAGCCCUAGUCAAAGUCUCGAAGUCGUCGAUUCGCCUCGUCGUCGACGGCAGCCAUCGUUCUCUAUCCCGAAAGGAUUCUCAGGAAUCGAGGCUCUCGUUGUCUCGUUUUGUUGUAAGAAAACCGCAUUGUUUUGCUGUUGCUGCUGCUGCUUUAUACACCGUACGAUCUAGAAUGGCCCUAGAAUGCUUACACUAAGCGCGAACAGCGAAGAGA